AUGUCGCCGGCCUCGUCCUCCUUCGGCCAAACCGAGCAUGCCCUCAGCUUCCCCGCGUCCGGGCGCAUCCUCGACUCCAUCUUCCUCGUCCCCGUUUGCUUCCAGCCGUCCAGUUCGUCUCCGACCAGGGCUGCCCGUCAUGGCCGCCAUGCCCGAGCUCCGCCUCUGUGUGCUUCUAGUUGUCGGGCGACCCAGAACCAACACCAUCCGAACCAGCAGCGCAGUGAUCCCGCAGGCAUAGUUGGUUCUUCUUGCGUCGACACUUUCUACAGGCACCAACAGCAGAUGGGCCUCGUCCCAGAUCUUUCCUUGUGCGGCCCAUUGUCGCGCGUUCAGCAACUUCUCACCGCCUACGCGGCUCAGGCCCAGUUCAUUCCGAGGCAGCAUGAGACCAGAUCCGGCCCAGGACAUGUCAGCAUUUGCUUCUUCCCGGCUAGGAUCGCGAAGUGGUGUUGUGAGAUACGACAAGCUCUCCGGAUGCCCCUCUGCAAGCUCUAA